UAAUUCUGCUUCCGCUGGCUCAAAAUGUCUAGCCGUUCCAAAGACAAGGUGACCGGCAUGUUCCGCAAGCUCUUCAAGUCCUCGAACAAAGAGGGCGAGGGACCAAGCAAACCCAGCACCUCCGGCGGCGGUUCCCCUGCCAGAAGACUGUUAAGAUGCCGAGACAGCGUUUCCCCAGCCACGUCACAGACCAGCCCGGGCUUCAGCUCGAAAGCGAAGCGCGAAGAAGCCCAGAACAAGACGGUGCGGGCCAGGAGGCUGAUGAAGGAACUGCGCGACCUCCAGCGACUCCAGAACUCCAAAACGGACCCCAUCUUCACCGUGGAGCUCGUGGACGACAACCUAUUCGAGUGGCACGUGAAACUCUUCAAAGUGGACAGUGAUAGUGACUUGGGCAACGACAUGAAGGACCUGGGGAUCGGCCACAUACUCCUCCACCUCAUUUUCCCGGAGAACUUUCCCUUCGCCCCGCCGUUCAUGAGGGUGAUCUCGCCCAGGAUCGAGAAGGGGUUCGUGAUGGAGGGCGGCGCCAUCUGCAUGGAGCUGCUCACGCCCAGGGGGUGGGCCAGCGCGUAUACCGUCGAGGCGGUCAUCAUGCAGUUUGCGGCUAGUGUUGUGAAGGGCCAGGGCAGGAUACAGAGGAAAAACAAGGGCCAAAAAGUGUUCAGUAGACGGACGGCAGAGGAGAGUUUCAGGUCGCUCGUAAAGACGCACGACAAGUACGGCUGGGUCACACCCAGCCUGGCCGACGGUUAGGUGGGCGGACGUCGCGUUCUCAACAAAUCCGAUCCUGUGUCAAAGCUGGUUCUUCAGGUAUUAUCCA